AGAGACAGUUAUAUCAGAGCCUUGCGGGUGAGUUGUUUCGAAUAUUACUUCCGUGAAAACUGUGGUUGGGAGACGUGCUCACGAAGCUCAUCUGACUGUCUCUUUGCAAAGCUUCUCCAAAGCAACGCAGUCAAGAUGUCCUCUUACGAAGAAGGAAAUGAUUCAAAGUUAAUGCGGAAAGUGAAGGAGAAUCCAUUUGUUCCACUGGGAUUGGCUGGAUUUGUUGGCAUCGUUGGACACCAGCUGUACAAAAUGAAAAAUCGAGGGGACACAAAAAUGUCGGUGCACUUGAUUCAUAUGCGUGUAGCUGCACAAGGCUUUGUGGUUGGAGCCAUGACAGUAGGGGUCCUGUAUUCAAUGUACAACGAGUACAUUAGGCACCCCAAAGAAGAGCAGAAUGCUGGAAAACACAGUUGAACAGAGACUCUUACAAUUAGAUUUUUGUGUCUUUAAUACUCUCACAUUUAUAGAUGUACAUUCAGAGGCUAACAGAUGACUAAAAACCAACUGAUGGUGUACCCUUCGACAGAAAAUGUUUGCCACUGCAAACGUGGAUGCUUGUGAUAAGGAUGGCCAGACAGAUGUAUUUUUGUCUAAUGUUUUAGUGUAUUAUAUAAAACAAAAUUAGUUGCAGAUAAAUUUGACAAUAUUUAUGACCAGGAGGAUAAAUCUGACUCUACACAGAAGGCUCUGGCUUUCAUAUUCAUUUAUCAUUGUCCUGUUGAAAGUCAGCUAUGCUUUUAUGUGGUAAUUUGGGUAUUAGCCAAAUUAAAAGCAUUUCCAUAUUAAUCUUUUUUUUUUUCUUCUGUAAAAUGUUCACCUCUCCUGACAAAAGCUUUAACAGAUGUUUGCACACUGUCGCAAGAAAAAAAAUAAUGUUUUUUUGUUAUAAAUACUUCUACUAAAAUGCUGAUUUUUAUUCAUUGAGAUUCUCUGUAUUGUACUGUAACCAUUUUUUUUAAUUUCUCAGUAUUUUCUUCAUAUAUUUUUUGCAAUGAGAUAUUAAUGACACAAAAAAAAACAUGUGAGGUUUAUAUGUAUAAACUGUGGUGUAGCUUGUCAAACACAAUGCAGCCUGUUUUAGUGGCAAACAUUAAUUGGUUCCUAAGGUAUCUCCAGGGCUGAUUAUUAUUGUAUGUACCAGGCUAUUUGUGAAAGUCGCUUUCAUUUCCUGAAAUAGUUUUGAAUCUCUGCUGUGUGUACACUUAUAUUGUGUGCUUUACCUGGAACAGUUCUUAGUUUCAUAUUUUAUAUGAUAAUAUGCACAGCAAGUCCAACUCGCUUUUGGUAGCUACUGUUUUCAAAAUUGUUUCCUUUCUUCAUUCAUUAAAUAAUCUCCUACUUACUGUAACU